UACUAAUAUUUACCUGAUUUAGCCAAAUCAACAUGGCGGAAGGAGGAGAUUUUCAGUUCGAUGAAGAUGAAGUGGAAGACGAUAUUCCAUUGGAAAAGAGAAAGAAAAUAUUUUUAAAAGAAUUGCGCUGUAUGAUGUAUGGUUUUGGCGAUGACAGGAAUCCAUAUACAGAAAGUGUAGAGCUGCUGGAGGAUCUUGUCAUUGAAUACAUUACAGAAAUGACAAAAAAAGCUAUGGAGGUCGGGCGUCCAGGUAGAAUUUCUGUAGAAGACAUCAUCUUUCUGAUCCGAAAAGACCCAAAGAAAUACUCGCGUGUGAAAGAACUUCUAAUGAUGAAUGAAGAACUAAGAAAAGCAAGAAAGGCCUUUGAUGAAAUUAAAUAUGCUACUACAAAAUGAAAGUUCCAUAAAAACAGACCAUCUGGACUACAUGUAUAUAGGGAAAUGUUGCAUUGAAAUCACAUGUCUGUGAAUGAAUUAUAUUUGUAGUACUGAGCUAUUAUGCAUCUUUGAGAUUGGUCAUGGUUAAUAGAAACUCUGAGCUUUUGAGGGUGAUAAUAUUUCAUAUGAAGAGUACCUUGGUAAUACAAUGUAUAUUUAUCAUUUAAAAGCCAUUUUGCUUUAUCUUUAAAGGGAAGCAAUGGAAUAAAAUAUUUUUUAUGUAAUGAAUAUAUGUACCAGAUCAUAAAUUUUUGAUUUUUGAUAAAAAAAAAAUUUUCAAUUAAAGUAUUGAAAUAAGGAAACCUUGUAGAAUUGACGAUUUUUGUUGUUUAUUGAAAAAAAAUAACUAUUUCUUAUAUCAAGAACCUCACUGCAGGUAAAAUAUCCUGUUAAUAAAUUUUAUGAUACAGGUAAAAUAUGCUGUUAAUAAAUUUUAUGAUACAGGUAAAAUAUGCUGUUAAUAAAUUUUAUGAUACAUGUA